CCUGCUUCAUCUAUCCUGCCUGUCAAAACUGCUUAUCUAGGCUGAUACUGGAUUCUAGGAGUAGCAGCUUGGAGAUCAUUGUGGACCGAGGAUUCUAUUGCAUUUAGUGCCAUGCAAUAUCAAAGGACAGUUUAGCAGAAUAAAUGAUGUGUGUUAAUGGCUUCCAAGUGCAUCCCCUACAGUCUGUCCAGUCCCUCUAUGCUGUUCUUAAGUUGGAAAGCAUUGACUGAAAGCCCCUCUAAAUGAAAUUCUGAUUUGAUUUUUUUUCAUCUCGUUCUAUAUGUGCAACCCACCAGGUAGUCCUGUAUGACUCUUCCGCUGACUGUGUGUCCAGAAAUGUGUGAGCUUUCCUUUCUAAUUGCAGUGUUGGGUGAAGAACAGUAAAUCAUUGAAUGUCAGCACUGAGUGGAAGGAGCUGACUUUGUAAAGCAGGGAUAUCUCUUGUUUCAAAUGCUGAAGUACAAGGUAACAGUGCUGGGUCCUGAUGAUUUUUUUUUAAACCUAGAUAUUUAUACUAAUGCUGCAGGAUGAAAAAUCCCAACCCAGAAUGAAACUUGAAAAAUCAGAGUGCAGGGAAUUGAAAAUUACACUCCAACAGUCACUCAAAGCCCACCGACUCUCCAAUUUCACAAGAGGGUAGCAUUUAAUACAUUAGUAAAAGAAACCAGAGGCAUUCUGUCAUGAUACGGACACCUUGCUCUGAGCCUUUGGUAAGAUUAAUGCCUCAAGAAGUACAGAAGAAGAAAAAACAUCUUACAGCUUUUGAUGGAAUAUUUGAUACAUUAUAGUAGUACUACAGCAGGUAACUUCUUACCUCAGCAGUAAUUAACAGAAGUUCAUGUAUUCAAUCUUUUUUAUCCUUUUACUGUCUUUUGUCAGGUUUAAUUGUCUAAAAUGUGGCUGCACAGGUGAAGCUAAAGAUGCAAGCUACAGAUAUAGAUUGUCCCUAAAGAUUGCUGACACUAGUGAUUUGUUUGACAUCACUGUUUUUGGAGGUUGCUUAGAUCCAUUCUUUGGGGUCACCGCAGAAAAUCUGCAGAGGUAUAUUCAAGACUUCAGUCAGCUGUCGGGAGAAACAAAUGCAGAGGCACCUACAGGAUUAUUAGUUCAAGCAGUGGAAACCUGUUUCAUUGGAAAAAGAUUUAUAUUUGGAUUGAAGGGUUGUGCAAGGGAAGAUGGAGGGUGUUCUGCUGCCAGCAGCAUCUUGCAAAACUGUUCCAGAACUAAUAGAAGUACGAAAAACCUUACAGCUUGCCAGAUCUUCCUGCCAAAUGCUGCUGUUACUGGCUUUACUGUUAUCAGCUACUUAGAUCAUCUCUUGCAGUCGGCAAAACUCAGGAGUGGUAAUAACACCUUGUAUUUACCUGAUGCAUCAUCAGCUCCAAUGGAUGAACCUCUCAGUGAGCUCAGCAGCUUGUCUAGCCUGAACAGAAACUCCUGUUUUGUUCAGUCUUGUGGCAGAGAAAGUUUUUUAGGGUCCUGGCAACAAUCCUUCAGCCUUACUUCAUCUGUUGCUUGGGUAACAGCGGAAGACUUUCCCACUCUGGAAGUGGGAAAGCUGGUGAGUGAACAGCAUGAAGAAGAGGCGAGGACCGUCUCUGCAGAAUUGUGCAGUGUAAGCCUCAGCAAUCAAACUCCUUGGGAUUCACAGUUUUGCAGCUCUUCCGUGAAGGAAGGAGAUAAAGAGAAGGAUAAUGAAUUAAGUUCUCAGCUUAGUUGGAUUGACAGUAUCUCUGUAACUGGUAAAUUGGAGAGAGUACCCUCUCCAAGGAGUGAAUGUUCACAAGGAAACUGUUCCAGGUUGUUACAACAUCCCUUGGAAUCUGAGGUGAAACACAUUUGCCUGAAGACUAAUAGUAGAAAUUAUUGUUACCCAGAAAAAUUCCACAACUCCUUUGUUUACAAGAAAGGUGCCUUGGCUCCUAAUCACGUAACUGUAGCUGGAGUGUCUCAGGUGGACUCUAUGCUUUGGGAAGAGCUCCCGUUCUCAGAAAGCCUAAAUGAUUUGUUAGCCAGAAUAGAAGACAGCAAGGAUAUUGUAACAUCACCCAGCCUUGAUGCAGGCAGAUAUGCCCUUCUUGAACAUAGAAAGUUGAGUGUAAAUCUUAACAAAUCAUGUCCCAGGCAAACCCCAGUGGCUGGUGAUUUGCCAAGGAGCAUCUCGGGGAGGUUCUUGCCACCAGCAGAAAAUGAUAGUUGGGAGAACACACUGUUGGCUUGUCUUCAGUCAAAUCCUCCAAGUGAUGAGGUGCCACAAUGUGAGUCUUCCUCUGGUGUAUUUUCUUCAACCAUUAAGGAAUGUGGAUCACCUUGCUUUAUAUCUAAUCCCCACCUACCUCUUAUGUCACUGUCCUCACCAGUUACAUCAGAGCCUUCUGUUUUUGAGAGCAGAUGUGUGCAAUCCAAAGAAGCAGAUAGUGACACUGCAGAUUCAUCUUGGUCUUUUAUUAGUCUGCAUGGAGAAACCUUCUGUUUAAAAAGGAACAAGGCAGCUACCUGUGUGCAUUCUGCACAUGAUAGUUGUUUAGCUGCUUGUGAAAAUAAAGAAAAUUAUUCUUCUACAGCAAGCCAAAAAACAGAUCUUACAUUCACAGGAGCCUGGGACUCUGAUCCAACAACUCCGCACAAUACAAGUAGGAUAUAUAAAAGAGAAUUAAAACCAUUGACAAUACUGUCAGAUAAUACCUUCAAAAGUGUUAGAAGGCGGGAAGUGCAAUGGAACAGUGUCUUCCCUGAAGGCAGCUACAAUGCUUCUGCUGAUCUCUUUGAUGCAAGUGCAAGAGAGGUAUCAAAACCUGUAGAAUUUCUAAAUAAAUCAUGUAAUUCUUUAAUACAGGAAGAUACUUUGACAGAGAAGGUCACAGCUCCUGAAUUGAUGCUUUGUCCUGGAGCUGUUCCUUGUAACAGUUCAAAACUGAGCUCAUCCCUACACAGGUCCCCUCGUGCUUUUAGUAAGCACAGUACGCCCAUAGCUUGCUCCUUUCAUGACUCAGAAUGCAGUUCAGUUAGUGCUCAAGACUUUGUUCCUUAUUCACAGUCGACUCCUGUGACAAAACCUCUGCAGAAAGUGUGGCCAGGGGGGGAAAGAAGUUCUUUUGUCACCCUCUUCACCCCUAAAAAUCCCACUAAAGUGCAUUCCAAAUGCAAGCGAUCUAGGUCUUCCUUUCAAAACACUCUGCUGCAGCAGCUUACUGGCAAGUUAGUGAAACGUGGGGGGCCAAGUAGCAGGGAAGACAAAGAAAGUAGUAGCUCUGCUUCACAGCAGUUCCUUAACAGCCAACUGCCUGCCAACUUUGAGGAGUGGAUCCCUCCCUCUUCAAACAAAAGGCAUAAUCCAACUGUGCCUUUAAAUUUAAAAAGAAUGUGCUGGGCUACUGACUUGCAAUCCACCUGUGGGCACACUGGCAGGGACCCUGUUCCUGAAAGCAGAGAGAACAGUGAAGAUUAUGAAAAUUUUGCCCAAAACGAGAGACUAAGCCCUGGGGACACAGCUAGUGUUGUAAGAACUCCUUUAUCUGCAGGUGUCACCAAUGCCUUGUUUUUGAAAGAUACAGUCCUGGAAACUUGUUCCCCUUCAGAAUGCAAGAAUCGCCUUUCAAGUGGAAAUUAUUCAGGAGGUAUAUUGGAAAGGCCGACUGGCUGGUCUCCUGAGUUGUUCUUCCAAGCACGGACCCCUUUUUCCAAUAAGCCAAAAUACUAGAAAAAAGAUAUUUCAAUGCUGUGUUCUUUUUAAUUAUUUCUGUUAAACUUCUGGGAAGGAUCCAGCAGGAUAAAAGAGCUAUUUAAGAACUAAAUUGUUUAUACACCUAUUGGCAUAUGUCUUGCUAAGAUGAGUUGUGUUUAUUUGCAGAUGUUUGUACCACAGAAAUGGGGAAAAUCAAAGCUUGCAGUUACUUUAUUUUAUUGUAAAUUAACUCGAGGAUGUGCAAUAAAAACUUUUGUAAAUAUGUGAGUAUUGAAUAGAUCUCACUUUAUCGAGUACAGGUAAAGUGGAGUGUUUUAAUGUUGCACUAUUGUCUUUUCAUCACAAGAGCAGCCCUGGAGUCCAUGUCCACUCCAGCUUAUUACCUGAUGAGACUCUCUGGAGAAAGGCCAAAUUUUCAUCGAAAAAUUUCAAAUGCCAUAUGAGCGCCUUGUCUUUGAGCCCGUUUGGAUCUGUGACAGCCUUGAACUGGGGGGAGGGCACCAUCCUGAGAGGUUGGUAGCAGGUCCCAGUUUUCCUGUAAGAUUUUUCAAGUUAAAGACUGCUAGUAGCAGAUUCCUGACAGCGUCUUUCCCUUGUUUUGAGGUCUUCCAUAUCCCUCACCCUUAAACAGCUGCAUUUAGGGUCACUGAAUAGAGAAAUCUUGGAUGUGUUGCUGCAAGUUUGUAUGUCAGGUCCUGCAGAAGGGUGUGGGAAUCUGGUAGCACAGGAUGUCGUCAGCAUGAAAAACUGACAUUUUGUUGCAAAUGAGUGUUUUUAAGGUCAUAGUGCAGCUCAAAGGGGCCAGAGAGGAUGCACCAUCACACUUGUAGAACCAGAUGCAGACCUGAAAGUACCUGCUGCGACUUUUUAUUUUUUCUUUUGAGGCAUAAAAUGAAUGUGCACCAUUCACAUUGUGACUGGUGACAGGGAGGUCUUACUUGGUUCAUUCUCAGCUGCAAGGUGGACAUUUUUGCAUUCCUGUGUUUGAGGCCUCACCUCAUUUUUAUUGCACCUACUUAAGCCCCAGAGUCAGUGUUUGUUCAGAAAAGUUUUGUGUCUCAGCAUGCAAGGAACAAAUUGUAUCAAUACUAGUAUCUGAAGCACUUUCAGGUUAUAAAGACAGCACUUCUGCCUUAGGAAACCUGAGAGGCAGACGUUGCUGUAAGUUAGAAGAGUAUUGUGGGAAUGUAUCAUUUUGUGCUCACUUUGUUCCUAUGUAUUUUACUCACUAUAUGUUGUUGAUCAUUGUUGGAUUCAAGGCUAGAAGUGUUUCAUGUGUGACUGAAAGGCUUCUCUAACUUCACAGUCCCCUAGUCUCACAGUAGGUACCUCAGUGGGGCAUCCACACAGACCACCAAAUUCGGGCAGGACCUUCCUAAGGCAGCCAACAGAAACCAUGUUUGGGAUAGAUGGAAAAAACACCUUUGGAAUUUGAGCUGUAAUCUUUGUGUGCCUUCAUAUCUCUUCUACGAAAUAGUUAUGUACCUGCUCAUUAAUUUCAGGAAACUUGGGGAAGUAUGAGGGCAUUUACUUUUGCCACCUUGUACCUUACCUACUAUUUUUAGCAUGGAUCACCAUUACAAAGCAUAUAGGUAAACCUUUUUAGAUUCUCAGUCUCUACCCUAAGUUCUGCACCUUCUAAUCGAAUGCAUUUCCCGUUGAGGGAUGGGAAGGAGAAGAGUAUUUGAAAUCAAACAAGCUGCUUCUGCAGCUGAGCAGGGUAUAAAUGAGGUACAGGCUCUCCUGCAAGGGUAUGGGUGUACUCAGACUGCAGGCUGACCAAAGAAAACAGCAAGCAGCAAGUCUGUACAGGUGAAUUCCCUUUACAAAGAAACUUUUAUAAAGAAGCUUUUUCCACUCA